UGAUCUCCCCAUUGACCUCAAUUGAUGUAAUGCUUGUUGUACUGCGUAUCCAAGUAAUCCACGCGCAACUAGCUUGCAGUAGCAAAGCCUGCAAACAAGUUGCCUAAUAAGCUAUAUCAGUGAGCCCACAGUGAUACUAGAUGGUUUCGACAGAAUUUAAGUUAUGCAAGCGUUCUUUUGUUUGCCCUGAGAUACAUUGGGCCACCAAGCAGUAAGACAUGCGAGUUGAAUUACCGGUAUUUCCGAUAGUGAAAUGUUACCGAGGCAGGACGGGAAGACAAACCCCAGUGGGGCGAUAAUCCCUUGGAAGCCCCUACCUGGCAACAAACUUCCUGUUAACAAGCUUAAUGUGAUGGUCGGCUAGGGGGUACCCCUUCCCUAGCGGCGUCCCCGCGCCUAUCCAGCGGCGCAGGAUGCAAUGCGGGACAUUGCUGGGGACUGCCAAACAAGGCUACACACGUACACAGACCUGGAGCGGCCUGCUAGUGCCGGGUCCCGGCAGCCAGUCGCAAUGCGCGUAGGCACCGAAUAGAGGCCCCAACUAAUGCUCCCGGAUAAUGCAGCUGAUGUACGGUGUGCGACCGCUAGCCUGGAGUGGAAAUAAAGCCGGUACGGCCGCUUGGCGGCGGCGUUCUGGUCACGUGAUUGCAACGGUGUCGUGCUUUUGGGGCACAGCACGUCUUGCAAGUAUACAUUGUGUAGCGGCUUAUGAAGUGAUUUCAAUUGCUUGUCGAAUCAAUAGCGGAUGGAGGCGUGCGGUAACGUAGGACGGAGCCUUGCUUGCGUGCGUCCAUUGCAUGCCCUUUAAACAACAGUAAAUGUAAAUGUUUAUUUGCAUGUUGAGAUUAAUUGCGGCUGCAGCGGUCCCCUAAUUACAUUAUCCCUCGGCGAACCACGGGACACGCCGCCUACGUUGCUGAAGUACAGUUGUGAACUGGCGCGGUUAGAUUUCAGUUCUACAUACAAGUGUAUAUAUGCUAACCUCUUUAGGCAACCCUGGCUGCUCGACAGUCAUGACGGUGCUUGCAGCUGCGGCCUGCUUCUUUUGGCUCUCGGCCUCCUCGACUAGCGCAGCGGUACACCGUCCCGAUGCUCCCGCCUCGGUGUUCGUGUGGUCGGGAGCCGACCAGCCCGGCUUCGAGUACCCCGAGCUGAGCCGCAGCGGGGAGUGGGGGGUGCCCGCGCUGCAGGCCAAGCCCAACCUGGGAUUGGCGCUCAGCGGGGGCGGGUACCGGGCAGCAACCCUCUCGCUGGGCUCGGCGUGCUGCCCCACAUGAGGUACCUGAGCUCCAACUCGGGAGGCAGCUGGUUUAAUGGGGUCAUGUCGUUUGGAGGGUUCCCGCUGGGCCCUUUCUUGGGGCCCUACUCGCCGCCAGCCAACCUGAGCCGCGACGUGCUAGGCUCCCCCUCGCUGCUGCCCCCCGGUUCAUUCGGGGACACGCUUGCAGCCAAGAAUAUUCUAGCCGAUGCGAUCAAGGGAGUGCUGAAAGACCUGUUCGUGCCGGGCCGUGGGAGCUUCAGCGGCUGGACGGCGGCCAUCGCUGAGGCUUUCUACUACCCCUACGGAUUAGGGCUGCAGAACAGCAGCCUGACGUGCGAG